CUCGUGUUCGACGGCGAGGAAGAGAACAAACUGUCGUACACGGACGUCCACCAACAGUUCAAAGACCUCGUCGAAAAGUUGCUGACCGGGUUCCUCUCCGAUCUCGGCAUCGUCCCCGAGCAGUUCGUCCACGUCGUGUCGAACGCCGCGAAGACGGAGCUCAACGAGUUCAUCAUCACGAGCAUCCUGACCGUGGACGACUUCACGCAGUUCAAGGCGAUGAUGGUGAAACGGAACCGCGAUCUGACGGACGAGGUGCGUCGCAUU